UUGAAAUUUGGCCGGGGUGUCCGUAGCCUAGGAAACGGGUGUAGCUACAAGACAACAACAUUGAUAAGUCAUUUCUUAUCGUGUUACAUAAAAAUUGGCAAAAGUAAUUGUAAAUAGAUUAAAUUUUAUUAAGAAUAACUUAUUUGUGAAUAAAAUAAUCAUAAGAACUAUGAUGAUUUUGACAGUUCGAGGUAUGGAUGGCAGACUUUGAGUGCGCCGGCGACGAAGUUCUGGUGGAGUCGUCGCCGCCUGCCUCGCCCGACAUGGCAGCGCGGCUUGCGGCUCCUACCCAGGGCGGUGGCGCGGCCGGCGGUGCCUCGCCGUCCUCCGUGCGUGAGCUCAUCGUCAUACCGGAAAUAGCCGACUCCAUGCAUUUGCAGCACGCCAUGCAACAGGUGUCGAGCACGGUGGUGGAGGUAAACGGCGACAGUUCUGGACACUCCAGCCCUACGACUGAUGGUCAGCACACCUACAUCACGGUGUCCAGCGAGUUGCAACGCGCAUGGAAUCAACCACAUUUCCUUGUCAAGAAAGAAGACCACAGUGACCAAGAAAGCGAGGGCGGCAAUGGUGUCAACUACCACGUGCAGUAUGUCACCGAGCCGCAGGAGAUCUACACACAAGGACAUCCGCAUAUGGACCCGCUCCGCACAUACCCCGUGUACGGCGUGACGACGGUGGGCAAUGGCACGAGCGCUGAAGGCACGUCGGCCGACAACGGCUGGGGGGGCGCCUCGUCUGCGGAGUACACGGCUUAUGGCGUUGUGGUGGCGGGCGACGAGGCGGAGGCCCCGGCGUCCCCCGCGACCCCGGGCGGCGCCCCACAGCCCCCGCGCAUGCCGCCCGCCACCGUGCAGUGGCUGCUCGACCACUACGAGACCGCAGACGGUGUGUCGCUGCCCCGGUCAACAUUGUACGCGCACUACCUUCGUCACUGCGCCACGCAUCGCCUCGAACCAGUCAACGCGGCUUCCUUCGGCAAACUGAUCAGAUCAGUGUUCCUUGGGUUACGUACUCGAAGACUGGGUACUAGGGGAAACUCCAAGUACCACUACUAUGGGAUCAGAGCCAAACCCGGCGUGGAACACGAACCCAUCGAGCCGCGAGACGAAAUAAGUGACCAACACGAUAAUGUUGAUGAUAAAACCGACGUGCUCGAUAAUCAGGAGGGCAGGUCUCGCGACCGGUCCCGCGACUCCACCAGUAGCCCGGGCCACAUACACCGCCAGUACAUGGGCACCGUGUCCCCGCCUGAACCACCGCCGCUCAAUAUACACCCGCUGCCUGAUGACGUGACGCCUGAAGCUUUGAACGCGCUGCGGAGGCAUCAUAGGGAGCACGGCGCGGAGUUCCUGGAGGCGGUGGCGGCGCUGGACACGGGCGCGGUGGAGCGCGCGCGGCGCGGCUGGUGGCGGCGGGCGCCGCGCGCGCUGUCGGGGCGCGGGCUGUGGCGGCUGGCGGCGCGGCGCGACGUGGCGGGCUGGCUGCGCGCCGCCGACCUGCAGCUGUACCAGCGCGCCGUCGACCUGCUGCUGCCGGACGUGCUGCGACCCAUCCCGCCGCAACUCACGCAGGCUAUCCGCAACUUCGCGAAGAGCCUAGAGGCGGCGCUGGCGGCGGGCGCUAGCGGCGCGCCGGCGGCGGCGGCCCGCGCGCAGGCCGGCGCGGCCGCCGCGCUGGCCGCCGCGCUGCGCCGCUACACCUCGCUCAACCACCUCGCGCAGGCCGCGCGCGCCGUGCUCAACAACCACCACCAGAUACACCAGAUGCUAGCGGACUUGAACCGCGUGGACUUCCGCGUGGUCCGCGAGCAGGCCGCCUGGGCCUGCUCCUGUGGCAGCGCCGCCACCGCGCACAAACUCGAGGCCGACUUCAAGGCCACGCUGGGCCGCGGCGCGUCCCUGGAGCAGUGGGCGGGGUGGCUGGAGGCGUGCGUGCUGGGCGCGCUGGCCCCCCACGAGCGCCGCGCGGACUACACAGCGCGCGCGCGCCGCCUGCUGCUGGACUGGUCGUUCUACUCGUCGCUCGUCAUCAGGGAGCUCACACUCAGGUCGGCGGCAUCGUUCGGCUCGUUCCACCUGAUCCGCCUGCUGUACGACGAGUACGUGUCGUACCUCAUCGAGCGACGCGUCGCCGCGCAUCACAACACGCCGCCCAUCGCUGUCAUGCAACGCGCAUUCGAGCAAGAAGAAGAAGAUGUCCCCGAGGAACAGCCUCGCGCUGAGCCGGAUGACGACGAUCAGGAUUGGGAGUGGGACGAUGACGAGGAGGAGGACGACGAACCAACUGACAUCAAGAAACAAAAGAUGGCCGCCGAGUGAGCUCCGCUUACUUACACAUUGUAAUUGAUUUCGGCCAUAGAUGCCUGAAAUAUUAAGGUAAAAUUAAUUGGAACGAGGGACACACGUACUUAUCUUUAUCUGUGUAGCUUUUAACCAGCACAUCAAAGUACAUCUAUGAACCAUUCGGUUUGUUCAGUACGCGCUGGUGUAGAGUGAGAUUGUUUGUCCAAAAUUUGGGAGUUCAGUAGUUUGACUCUAGCUAAUUCUCUAUUGAAUUUUAUUUCAACCUAAAAAGGUUUAAAAUGGAAUAAAUAUGCAACUGCUGUCUCAGUAAUAGUUGCUUAGAAUUUCACUUAAAAUGAAAUAUUAAAUAUAAUGUUGUAAGUUCUCUGUAUGUAAUUUGCAAAGCUUAAGAGAUUAGUUAUUUGUAUGUCCCUCGUGUUUCUAAAAUAUUUCAGUUUAUGCAUUGAACAAAGGAUCUUUUAAAUAGUAAUAUGUAUAAGGUAUUGCUACAUAAUUACUGUAAGUAGGCAGUAAGCUGUCAUCUAAUGGUAUCAUUAUGGAAAAUGUUAUUAGAACUAAACGUACUAGAUUCUAAUGGCAAUUAAAACCAAGGGGCCUGAGGGCUUUGUGAAUAUGUGUAUAAAAAUAUUGUAGAAACAUAAUACUUGAACAAGGAUAUCAACCCUUGCUAUAUAACCGAUCUUCAUUAAACAUAAGUAGCUAAAUGUUUGGCCGAAAUUCUAGAAUUGCUGGACAAAUUCAUCAUGUAUUUGAAGACGCAGCAGAACGGUUUCGUAAAAUAAAAUUUUCAAAGUCAAAAUGAAAUAAUUAUGUACAGUAUGUACACCUAUUUAUUCAAAAAUACUUGAUACUUCGUGACCUUUUGUAUGCAGUAGAUAGCCAACUGUAUUAAAACAUUAUUAUGCAUCUUUCUAGAUAUAAAAAUAUACGUGAUUCUAUGUUAAACGUAUUUGCGUCUGGAUACUUCAAACUUCGACGUUAAUACAUGCUGAUGCAUUUUUUACAACAUUUGUAAAUACUAUUUCCAAAAGUAGUUGAAUAUUUCUGGAAAUUUAAGAUAGACUCGACUAACAACCGGUAUUGCCUUUACAGUGCAAUUAAAUGUAUAUUCAUAAGAAGUUAAAUAAACGUAGUAAUUGUACUAGAGUUGCUAUUGUUUCAAACUACAUAUAAAAAUGUGGUAUGUACUAGUCUGUUGUGAGCAAUACAGACCCUUUUAAACAUGGUUUCAAUCGACGUUUCUAGAAAAACCGUGUUUUAUUUAUACUGAGCUGUUCUAGAACAAUCUAAAAUGUUGAAAUGAAGGAAAUCGGUGUAAAUAAAUCAUAAAAAAUUACCCAAAAGCAUGUAGCAGCUAAUUUUAUUAAUAUGUUGGUAGAUGGUACCAAUGAAGUGACUGUGUAGAUAAUCCCAACUUGGAGCAUACAUUACCCAGUGCACGGUGUUUACAAGUAACGUGUAUUAUAUUUUAUUGAUGUAAAUGUCGAUACCAUGUAGGAUAUUGUCCAAGCACAAAGUUAAUUUUCUUAUGCACAUCUCAUGUUUAAAUUGUGUGAAAUGUAUGGAGAUUUUUUUUUGAAUAAGUAUAAUAAAAUAUUUAUAUAAUAAAUGUACCUACGUAUUUUGUCGUAAAAUAUUAAUCGGGAGACUACAUAUUUCUUACAAGCAGGCUCUUUUUAAAUAUUAGUGUUUUUGCGGCUGGCAACAUUAUUUGUCAAUGAAUUGUAUGUAUUAUCUGUGUAAAUAAAUUGAGUAGUGUGCAGAAAAAUGAGGAAGGUGAUGUAAUAUUAAAGU